GUAAACACAUAAUGGCUAACCGCACAACAGGCGUUGCCACAAGGAGCAGCAGUAGGCCAUGGUCAAGUGGAGCCAUUCCGGUGCUGCUCCUGCUCCUGCUGGUGCUCCUCCCGCUGGAGUCCCUGGCCUUCUGCCCCUCGAAGUGCCAGUGCCUGGGCGGGGAGACCAACAGCAGAGCGCUCUGCGUGGAUGCCGCUCUAGAGGAUGUGCCCAUUCAACUGAAUCCGGAGACAAAGUACAUCAACCUCACUUUAAACAGGAUACGUAACCUGGAUUACGCCCUGCCCUUCUACGUGAAGCUGGAGAUCCUGGAUCUCUCCCAGAACAUAAUCGAAACCUUGGGCUCCAAGAACUUUGAGUACCAGUCGGAGCUGAGGACGCUGAAUUUGAGUCGGAAUCUGGUCAGUUCCCUGCACAAGCACGCCUUCAAGGGACUGACCAACCUGCUCCUGCUGGACCUCAGCUUCAAUAGGAUCGAGACAGUGCAUCCCACGGCCCUCAGUGAUCUGGCCUCGCUGGUGGAGCUGGAUCUCACGAAUAAUAAUAUUGUCAGCCUGGAGGACAACUCUUUCAAGGGCAUGCCCACGCUGGAGGUGCUGGUCUUCCGGAACAAUCGAUUGCUGGACGUCCCGGCGAGCAAUCUCUGGCAUUUGCAUGCCCUCAAGAGCCUGGAUAUGUCCGAUAAUCUGGUGGAAUUUGUGCGAAACGAUAGCUUCGAGGGGCUCAAGGAGCUAUUGGCACUGAGCCUGAGAGGCAAUGUGAUGAGCGAGCUGGAUGUGAGUGCCUUCGAGGGACUCAUUUCGCUGAAGCAUUUGGAUUUGGCGGAUAAUAAUCUAACGAUGGUGCCCACCCAGCAGUUGUCGAAACUUUCGAAUCUCACCUACUUGAACCUGGGUGGAAAUCGCUUCUCCCAGCUGCCCGCCGUCGCCUUCCUCAACUUGUUUCAUUUGCGCGAAUUGCAUUUGAGUCGGCUUGACUAUUUGCAGCGCAUCGAUUCGAGAGCCUUUGUGGACAACACACACCUGCAGACGCUGCACCUGAACAACAACCCCCAGCUGAGCGACAUACCCAUGCGCCUAUUCCAGGGCAAUCCCAAUAUCCUGGAGGUCUACAUGCAAAGCAACAGCCUGCAGACCCUGUACUCUGCCCAGUUCCCGGUGGAUCAGCUGCAGAAGCUAUAUCUUGGCGAUAAUCCCCUGCAGUGCAAUUGCUCGCUGCUGUGGCUCUGGCGGCUGGUAACUGGGAAUUUCGAGGGAGUGGAUCCUGCCCUAGAGCAUGCUGCCGGAGGAGCAGUAGCUGCCCUGGCCAAGGAGGCGGACGGAGAGGAGGAUGAGCAGGCGGAUGAGGCCUCCACGGACGAUGGAGUGGCUGCCUUAGCUGCCUAUAUAGCGGAACAGCAUAUAGUCAAUGCCUUGCACACCACCGAACCGAGUGCCUAUGAGCUGGCCACCUCCUCCUCGAACCGGAACUCGGGCAUCCUGCGCAUGGAUCGCCAGCAGAUCGGUUGUGAUAUCUGGCGGGAUAAGCUGAGAACCCGCCGGCAGUUGCUGACCAUGAGCGAGGGUGAGAUCACCUGUCCGGCGCACAUUGUGACCGUGGUGUGUGCCGUGAUCACCUGCCUGCUGGUUACCAUGAUCGGAGUGAGUGUCCUGUACUACCUGCGCUUUGUGAAGCGCCGCAGGAAGCUCCUCCACGAAAGGGGUCCUCUGAGGACCAGCAAGAGCAUCAUCAAUGUCCACGAUCGCAUCCUGCAGAACCAUAAUCCCGGCAUGGGCCUGGGCAUGAGCAUGACUCUGGGCGGGAGUAACCAUGGCAAUAACCUGGGCAUGUCCCUGAACUAUCCGCAUCAUGCUCAGACCCUGCAGGCCCAUCAUCACUACCACCCGGCGGCCAUGCCGCUCCAGUCUCACCUGGGCAAUGGCCAUGAGUACCAGCAGGCCACCAUGCCGCAGCUGGAUAAAUCGGAUCUGGAGCGGUAUAUCAAGGCUCAGACCAUAGUCAAUGACUACCGGGCCCUCAACCACUGGGAACUGCCCGUCAAGGAGGCCGACGAUGAGCCGGAGCAUCUGUACGAGCGCUUCGAUCACUACGAAUACCCGGACACGCACACAAUGACGAAGCUGAAACAGGCGGCGGCCCUGAAUCACUCCUCCGCAGCAUCCUCGGCAGGACCAUCGCCAGUGCCACCAGCGGCGGGAAAACCACAUGUGGUCUACGUAUGACGUGGACGCAAGGGUUCCCACAUGGAGACGGAGACGGAGAUGGAAAUGGUGGGACUGAACUACAACCACCAUAACCACCACCACAACAAUAACAACAACUAUCGGGGCUGUGUUCAGAGCACCAAGGCCAGCAGCGGUCAGUUCUGAGUUGGGAAAGUAAAGAAAUAGAAGAGGGGGUUUAAUUCAAGGAAAAACACACACAAACAGGGAAAGUGAGAGGUUAGAUUAAGGCGAGAGAUUAAGGGAGGAAGGAUAUGAGAGAGAGUAUUUAGCAGGAGAAUUUUUAUUGAGAUUUUUGGGCAUUUUCAUGUUUUUUAUGUUUUUUUUAUAUUUUUAAUCUUGAUUAUUUCCUAAAAUAUAUUUUAAAUAUUUUCCAUGUCAGAAAUGUGCCUAAAAUUAUGGUUUAAAAAUGCCUUAAGCAUAUUUUUAAAGAGGUUAAAUUAUUCAAGAUUUUUCUAUGAUUUUAAUGUAAUCAAAAACCCACAGAAAACUAAACAAAUAUUUAAAUUAAAAUUCGUUAAGUCACUAGUUUUUUUCAGAGAUUUUCUGCUAAAUACUUUCUCCAUCCCAGAUUGACUUAGUUUUUUUUUAUCUACUACAGAGACAGAGGUAACUCGCAACAAAGUUUAACAAGCGUCAAAUGAAACAAGGGAUAUGUCUACGUGUAUAGCAAGCAUACAAAUACUCUUAAUGACCUACGGAUAGCAGAUAGCAGAUAGCAGAUACAGAUACCGGAUAUAUUAGAUAUGUAUACUAACCGCUAGUUUAAGACCGAAUACGAUUUCAAAGAAACACUAAGCUAACUGCAUUCACAUCUCACUCUACUACUUCUCUCCCCAGAAACUCAUAGUUAAAGUGGCAUUUAGCAUUCGAAUACUCUAGAUAGCGUCUAGUGGUUAAGCAACUUACAAGUGAAUUUAAAUAUAUAUAUAAACGGAUAUAUAUUAGCUGUAACGAAGAGGUAAAAGUAAUUUUGAUUUCUGCUGAAUAUGUGGAGGUUCUUUGGAGCGACACCGACUUUGGCAGGCAAAAUAACGUACGAAAUGGGGACCAAAUAGUCCAGUCCAGUCCAGAGCCUAGAACUAACUGAAUGAAAAUGAAUCCAAACUGCCAAAGGGAUACGGGGGUCCUUUUGAAGAUCAUACACCACAGCCUCUCAUGUUCCCACGUUUCCUACAAAUUCAGCGGCAAAAACAUCUCUCAAAGGACAAUAUAAGCGACAAGUUUAGGCGGAAAAACUAAAAUUAAAAUUAAAACUAAAUUAAACACUUACCCUAACAUUAUCUUAGUGAGCCAGAACUCAAAGUUGAGCCAAUAAUUAAUAUAAUUUGUAUAUAAAUGAAGCACUCGGUCGAGUGUCUGUACGAUUACUGUAAAUAAUUUAUGUACGGCAGAGUGCAUUUGGAAAAACAUUAGUCAAAUGCAUCGGCGGAUAUUGGUUUAAGCAUAAAUGAUUUCCCAAAAAGCAAUAAUUCUGAAUCAAAGCUCUCGUUUGUUGAUAUUUUUCGGUUUCGGGCUUUCAUUUGCAAAUAAUAAUGUAAUUAAAUGCGACAACACACCACAAAAACACACACGAAAUGCUAGUGUAAAAAAUAUAUUUCUAAAAUGCAAAACAUGAAAAAAGGAAGCGUAAAGCGUGUAUACUAAAUAAGCAAAAUCAAAAGGCAGACGGCAAAUGCACAAAAUGCAUUUAGAAAAACCCACAGAAAAAUCUCUGAAUAUAGAAAAACCAGUUUGUGUAUAAAAAAACAAGAAGAGCAUAGAGCAGAGAGCGAAGAGCCAGCAGGCAAGCGUAAGUUUAAAUAUUAAUAAUAAAAUAUACGCAAAAAUAUUUAAUUAAAUGAUAGACACACCCACAGCAACCACAAAAUGUUAUUUCUUAUACGAAGACUGAAGGAAACGAUGAAGCGAAAUAAAAAGAAACAAGAA